UUUUAUAUUAAUGAUUGUUACAAAUAUCGAAAUAUGGCGGAAUCUUGUUUUUGCGUUUAUUAGUCUAUAAAAAAGAUAAACUAUCAUUAAGUUACUUAAAAUCUUCAAAAGCGCUGGCAGUUAUUGAGUUGAAAAUUUAUUAGUUUCAUUUCAUAUGUGAAUUCUUCAGUUAAUCUUUUAUUUUGAAAUGUUCGCAAAAAUUUGUCAAGUGAUUUUUCGUCGUGUAGAUUUUUAAUAAAAAAAAACUUUCGUUAGUUUUUCGAAAAGUGUCAAUAGUUUUAUGUAAAGAAAUACAGAAAAUAAUUUCUGUAAAAAAAUGAAUAUUAAAUCAUGAUGACAUUGAAGAAUUUGGAGAUAUCAAUGAUAUUAUAAGUGAUAAGUGUUUUGGUAAGGUUAUUUUUCCGCGACACAAUGUUUUUGAAUGAUACUGAAAUACUUUAUCUCGUGUUCCCUUAAAACGGAUCACGUUAAAAUGUAUUAUGAAAUACAUUAGUCAAUAGUUAAAGUAUAAUAUAAAAAAAAUAAUACAAUGACUAAUAACGAGUUUGACUCUGAGUUCUUCGAGCGAAAACUUCUUGCAUUGAAAGACUCGCAGGAUUCAAUUCAGAGUCUUUCUGCUUGGUGCCUUGAAAGAAGGCAACAUCAUAAAAAAAUUGUGGCUACAUGGUUGCAGGUUCUAAAAAAAGUGAAAGUGGAACAUCGAUUGACACUUUUCUACUUGGCCAACGAUGUUAUUCAGUAUUCGAAACGAAAAAACUUUGAGUUUGUUGAAUCUUGGGGCACAACAUUGCAGCGAGCUACAACAAUGGUUCGUGAUGAAAAAGUAAAGCAUCGCAUUUUACGAAUUUUCAAAAUUUGGGACCAGCGUCAAGUCUACGAUGAAGAAUUUCUCACUGAUUUAUCUGGAUUAAUUCAAGCUGCACCAAAAAAGAAACCAGAACCUCAGCCAGUAGUACCUGAAGAAUUUCAAGCUGCUCUGCUUAUUUCAACAAUGCGUUCUUGUUCUACUUUAGAACAAGCAACUGACGCUAGACUUCGUGAUUUAAGAGAAAGUAAUGUAGAUAUUGACAACGCAGAAGAACUUUGUGCUUCUUUAAAAGAUCGAAGACACGUCGAAGAUGCUGAAAAAGAGGUUGAAAUUGCUGUAAGAAAUGUUGAAAAUUAUGUACGUGCUCUUGAAGCUGAAAUCAGGGAAAGAACACAGGUUCUGGAAUUGCUUGAGCAAGCUGAUCAAUUUUAUGAAACUCAACGAGGAGAAGUUAAGAUUGUUACUAAUGCCUACAGAAACUUUGGAAGUAGGGUGAAGCAUUUAAAAAAGAAGUUAGACGAACUUCUACCAAUGUUAACUUCUCCAAUACCAUCACCGGAUAUAAACGCACCGAGUCCAAGUCCAGAUAGUGAUAUUGAACUUCCUGGAGAGGAACUACAAUUAUCAAGUCAAAAAUCAACGAUUAUUGAAAUCGCACCGCCCAGUAUGUAUGGGUCUUAUAAUCCGGAUUACGAACCUUCCUCCGCUGGCCUCUUGAAUCAAUCUGGAGAUUUUACUCCCAACUUCUCAUCUUUUAUGGACGGAAACAUGGACUUUGAUAUGCGAAAUGUAUUCAGCGAGAGUUCGAUGACAUCUAACACUAAUCAAAUUGAAGUAAUUAAUUCUUCUGCGCGGGAAAAGAAUGAAGAUUUCAGUAUAUCUAGUUUCUUGAAAACAGUUCUUCCAUCAUCUGAAGGACCAAUGGAUGCUGGUGACAUACCUGGUUUAGGUGAUGCUUUGGAUUCAAGUCAAGGGGAUAUGUUGCAUGGAGAUUACAAUAUUAGCCACAUUCCUGGAACACCGAUAAAUAAAAGGUUAACAAACAACCUCUCCAAUCACCAUAUACUUCAUAGCACACCAUUAGCGAUGAGACCUUUAAGUGGAGAGUCUCAUACAUCUUCACCUUAUUCGAGUCAAAAUAGCCAGAAUAAUAUUUUAACAUUUGAUGGCAACGUCAAUUCAGCAAAUCCGCUACCCCCACCACCAUUACCACCACCAAUUUUUCUUGAUGAUGAAAAUUGUUACAAUAAAUUGCCUUCCAAGUUCCCAACGUGGACUUCUACUAAUGAAAUUUCAAAAGAACCGGCUAAUUGGGACGAAAAAGCUAAAAACAGUAUGAAUCCUACAUGGCAAGAUGGAGGAGGAGAAGAAGAGGAAGAUGAAAAAGAGAAAAAUGUUUGGAGAGAUACUAAUAAUAGAGGCUGGAAUAUGCAUGCUGAUAAUGUUUGGACGAGCAAUGUCAGAGAUAAUGAUAUUCUAAUGGAAACCCCAGAAUCGCCGCCUAUAUAUGAGAAAGCUGGAUUUAGAGAUCCUGUUGAAUAUAAUGACCCUCAGUCACAAGAGCCUCUUCUCAGUAGUGUCGGAGACGUUGAUCACAGAGUCAUACCUCUUCCAAUGCUAGGUAAACAAUUACCUUAUCGACUUAUAAAAGGAGAUGUAGAUCAUCGAAAUCUUAUCAGUUUGACUGGCAGUCCAGCUAAUCAAAGUACUACCAAUGAUUCUUCGCCUACUUCUCAUUCCCACAACACUUUGUGGUCAAGUACUGAUCAAGAUUAUAGGCAAGUGCAAUCGGGAGAUAAUGUUGAAAGCGUGGAUAUGGAUAUGUCAGAUGAUGAAAAUGAAAUUAAGCAAAAGGGAAGAGGAGUUUUGGUAGAUGUGCGAUCGCAAGAUCGAGAUAUGCGGGCACCUCCUUCAGUAUCUGAAACCUCACAUCAUAUGGAUAUGGACAUGAGAAUGAUUCCUCUUCCGGGUGGCUGUGGCCCUCAAGAUGUUCAUAAUAUUCAUCAAGCUCCUCCUCCGCCACCACCACCUCCUCUUCCGAAUCAACAAUUUCACCACAGGCCUUCAGAUUUCCAGCAAAAUAAUCCAAUGGAAUUUAGACAAAACGAAGGAAAUUUUCAAUCAGAUGCGCAUCCUCAUUCUUUUAAUCCUAUUCGAGAGGAUUUUCCUUCAAAUAUGCAAGGCUUUUCUUCAUCAAAUCGAGAAAAUUUUUCUUCAAUUCAACAAAAUUUUGGACCGAGCCCACAAAAUUUUCCACAAAAUCUACUUAACUUUCAUCAACAAGACUUUCAUUCUGUACACGAUUUUGAUUAUCGUGACAGUCAACAUGAACGUUGGAAUAAAGAUGAAUCGCAAACGCAUGGAAGAUUCCCUCAAUAUGACCAAUCACAACGGGAAAAUUUACAUCGGAGUGAUCGAAUCGACCGUGGCGGUGGUCGCGGUCGAGGAAGUCGUGGUAAUAGAAGAGACAAAUUUUCCGAUGAUCAUAGUAAAAAAAAUAGUCGUAGGCAACGAUCUCACGAUAAUGUACAAAUAUCUUCGCCAGUAGUGAUACAGAAUAACAAUCCCAUUCUCAUAGAGACUACAAAUGGAGAAACGAAAACAGAACAAAAAGAAUUUUCUGAAAAUCAGGAAGUUAGGAAACAAGAUUUCAAUCUUCCGAACAGUAGGCAUUCGGAAGAAUCUCAGCAAUCGGAUUUCAGUGGGAACAUUAAUUGUAAUGUUAACAAUGGUAAUCAAUCAACUGGAGCCAAAAAUAAUACAGUCAUUGCUACUGACUCGCAGAUUGCUGACUCUAAGAGAAAUAUUAAAGAAAGUGAAAAAAAUAAAAAAGUAGGAAAUUCAGAGACACCGAAGCAGCUUUCGGAACAAUUAGAAGCUCUGAUGAAUUCAACAAAUAACACUCCUCAGCCUUCAAACAGAUCAUCGACUAAUUUAACAGAUAGUCAGAAAUCGUCAGAAUCUACAUCAAGAAAAUUCGUACAAGUUGUGAAUGGGCCAUUGCUGUCAACACCCAAUGGACCUCUACUAGGUCCGUCUAUUUCAUCUAUUCCACCUAGUUUAACUUGUCCUGUUGGACCACCUGGCGCACCUGAAUUGCACCCAGUGGUAGUUUUUGAUUAUGAGUCUCCCAAUUCAUCGUCUAUAUUUCGGCCUCGAAUAAGAACAGUGACACCAACUUCUCCAUUUACUCCUUGGCGAGGAGUUCCUGCUCAUCGUGGAAGGUCAGGAUUUAGAGGUGGGCCGCGUCUUCCUUGGCCAAACAACAGUCCCCGUGGUCCUACUGCCAAUAGUUUUUCUCCUCGAAAGCGCGGAAGUAGUGUGCAGUUUAGGGGAGGAACUUUCAGAGGUCGAGGCCGUGGAAGUUGGUAAAACUGUGACUUUUCGAUCGAAGUAUAAAACUUGGGAAAAUACUGUUGAAAUUCUCACGCUAGUCUUUUCCAUACUGUGUAUAUAUAUAUAAAACAUUUUUUUCAUGUUUGUCUUAUCCCCAUUAUAUACUUUCAGUUCACAAUCAAGGAGAUUUUGAAGGUAGUUAAAAAUUUUAAAUAAGUGCGUACAAAUAAAAUAAUAUGAUCUGGAAGUGUUAUUAUUGUUCUAAAUAUUUUUUUCUCUAUAUUGUUAUCCCUUUGUAUCACAAUUGUACAAAUUAAUCCGAAAAUAUUUUUUUAAAUAUUAAAAGGAUUAAAGAUUA